AUGGCAGAGAUCGCACCUGUGCUUCCGCAGGGGGCAGGAUACGGGGUGGUGGUGGGAAUUGGAUUCUUUUUCGCCUUGCUCAUGUCCUUCAUUUCCUAUAUUCAGAACCGAUACACCCAAUACUCAACCAAAACAAGUGAGGAGUUUAACACUGCUAGCAGAAGUGUCAAACCCGGAUUGAUUGCAAGCGGAGUUGUUUCUGCUUGGACAUGGGCUGCUACUCUCCUUCAGAGUAGCACGGUAGCUUAUGAGUAUGGGAUAGCCGGCCCAUUCUGGGUAAGAUUUUCUACCCCGGUCACCAAAGCUUAUGCUGCAGGAGCCACCGUUCAGAUCUUCAUGUUUUCGGUGCUCGCCUGCAAGGUCAAACAGAAUGCUCCCUAUUGUCACACAUUCUUGGAGAUCAUCUACCACCGCUAUGGAACUGUCACACACCUUAUCUUCGUGUUUUUCGCUCUGUUGACUAAUAUUUUGGUGGCGAGCCAGCUUCUUCUUGGAGGCAGUGCAGUGGUGACGGCGCUUACUGGUAUCAACGUCUACGCGGCUGUUUUCUUGAUUCCCUUAGGAGUGUGCGUCUAUGUUGUUCUCGGUGGUCUGAGAGCUACAUUCCUGUGUGACUAUUCUCACACCGUGAUCAUGCUGAUCAUUAUCCUUUACUUCAUGUUCUCCGUCUACUCAACAAACGACCUUAUCGGGUCCCCGUCGGCCAUGUUUGACCUACUACAGACCGCAGCGAUGAAACGACCAAUCGAUGGCAACCAGGAUGGCUCGUACCUGACUAUGAAGUCCAACUACGCUCUGAUUUUCGGUGUCAUCCAACUGUGCUCGGGAUUGGGCACCGUAUUCCUUGACCAGGGCUACUGGCAGCGAGCAAUCGCUAGCCGUCCGACGACCGCCGUUCGAGCCUACAUCAUGGGAGGGCUGGCUUGGUUUGCCAUUCCAUUUGGAUUUGCUACGACUCUAGGUCUCGCUGCUGUUGCCCUGACGGACAGUCCGACCUUCCCUACGUAUCCCAACCCCAUGACCUCGUCACAGGUGUCGGCAGGCCUGUCCGCACCCUUCGCAGCGGCAGCCCUGUUAGGCAAGGGUGGAGCGGUGGCCUUGCUUUUGACGCUUUUCAUGGCCGUUACCUCGUCAGCAUCGUCAGAACUCAUUGCUGUAUCUUCCAUUCUCACCUUCGACAUCUACAAAACCUAUAUCAAACCCUCAGCCACCCCAGAACAGCUAAUCUUCGUGUCUCACGCCAUGAUCUGUAUCUUUGGCCUCGUGAUGGCCAUGUUUGCCUGCAUCUGGAACGCAAUUGGCAUCGACCUCGGCUGGCUGUUCCUGACUAUGGGCCUCCUGAUCGGCGGUGCCGUGUUCCCUGCCGCCUUCGCCGUCACCUGGAAAGGCCAGACACGUCUGGGUGCAAUAUCUGGCGCGAUCGGCGGCCUAUGCGCUGGCAUCACAGCUUGGCUCGUCGAGGCUAAGGUCUACUACGGUGAACUUAGCAUCGCUACUACGGGCGGCUCCUAUCCGACCCUGGCGGGCAACAUGGCCGCCGUGACGACUGGCCUGAUUCUCUCCGUCGCCGUGUCCUAUACUAAACCGGACGACUUCGACUGGUCCAUCACGCGCGCUAUCAACGCACCCGUAUCCGCCCAUUCGGUCAUCGUCGUCGAGGCCGAGGCCAAGAACGCGGCCGACAAGUGCCAUAACCUGCCCACCAUCAAGACCGAGGAGAUGGAGGACGCAGCCUUCAUCGAGGAUCCGAAGAAGCUGAAAAGCGCCUUCGUGGUAGCCAUUCUCGCGUCCGUCGUUCUCUCCUUCAUCAUGGACUUCUUGAUCCCUAUCCCGAUGUUCCUGUCACACUACGUCUUCUCACACAAGUUUUUCACUGCGUGGGUGGUUAUCUCGUUUAUUUGGGUUUUUGGUUCCUUGACUCUCUGUGGGCUCCUUCCUAUCAUCGAGACGAGGAGAUUCUUCAAGCAGCUCUUUGUCGCAAUCUUCCUUUCUGGAAAGAAGGGUUGA